AUGUCUGACACCCAGCCUGACCCCACCACCACUGCUCCUGAGGCUGAAAAGCCCCAGGAGACCACUCCCGCCACCACCGAAGCCCCCCAGGCUGAAGAGGAGAAGCCUGCGACCGAGUCCGCUGCUCCCAAGACCACCGAUAACGUCUUCUCCAUGUUCGGUGGCGGUCCCAAGAAGGAAAAGAAGGAGGAGCCUGAGGACGACAAGGAUGAGCCUUCUGGUUCUUCCAAGGCCCAGAAGGGUGAAGACGAAGAUGAAGCGCCAGAGUCCCCCGAUGUCCACUUCGAGCCCGUCAUCCGCCUGACGGAGAAGGUCGAGACCAAGACCAACGAAGAACUCGAGGAGCAGACCUUCAAGAUGCGGGCUAAGCUGUUCCGCUUCGACCGUGACAGCAAGGAGUGGAAGGAGCGUGGUACCGGUGACGUGCGUCUGCUCAAGCACAAGGAGAACCACAAGACUCGCCUUGUGAUGCGCCGGGAUAAGACCCUCAAGGUCUGCGCCAACCACUACAUUGUCCCCGAUAUGAAGUUGAGCCCCAACGUCGGCAGCGACCGCAGCUGGGUGUGGAACGCCGCCGCCGAUGUCAGUGAGGGUGAGCCGGAGGCCCAGACCCUGGCUAUCCGCUUUGCCAACAGCGAGAAUGCCAACCUCUUCAAGGAGGCCUUCGAGACGGCUCAGAAGGAGAACGAGAAGCUUCUCUCCGAGCAGUAA